ACAGUGAUCAUUCCACCGAUAUAAUUGGUUGAUUCUUAAUCAAUUUUGUUGAUAAUAAAAAGCAUCCAAAAUUGCUUCGCUCAACUAGAGCCCCGCUUGGCUUUAGAUGCCAGAAGCAAAUGCCUAAACUCUCAGCCCAAAAUCAUAUUUGGUUUUACCCAAGAACGAAUAGCAUUUUUUGUUUUCUUGUUUAGCGAUAUAAAAUUGCUAUUGUAACAUUUUCGUAUAUGAAGAAUACUUGGAUUUCUGACAGCGAUCCAUUUUGAAGCAAUUUGUUAAAAAGCUUCCUUCUGUUGUAGGAGAAUAUCACCUGCAAAAUUGCUUUCGGUCAUGCUUGAGAUUCUAUUUUGUUCAUUUGCGUAAACAAAUUAGUAAACAGUGGGAAGAAAGGCAAUAUAUUUUUUGUCCCUUACUCCGGUGAAUUAUCUUUGGAAUUUUAGCCGCAGAAGACAAAACGGUAAAAAAAAAGUUUCUCGCUUCAUCGAUUUUAACUUUAUUGUUAAAAUUGCUAGUUCAACUUCUGGGCUGAAAGGAAUAAAAUCACCCCUGUAAUUUCUUGAAAUAAACUGGAAGGCUUCUUUGGUGUAUGUUAUGGCUCCUGGUCGGUUGAAUCCCCCUUCCAAUCACCUGAUGAUCCUAAUACAUGGACCAGAAGAAAGAGUGGAAGUUUACUUCAAUCACCACCAAGCCCAGGAUACGUUGGUGAGUGUUACCAGUGCCUUCAUGAAGUACUUCCCCCUCUGGAAGGCCAAACAGGGACCAGGAGUGAUGAGGUUCAAGGCACCCAACAUCGGACUGGACGAUGAGGUUCGUCUGCUGGACGUGUUUAUGGAACUGGGGUUCGAACUGGCGACCAACUCUGUGAACAACCACCAGACCAAGCUGGUAUUCCGCAGGUCAUUCCAGCUGCACCAGGACCUUCCAGUGCUCUACAGUGCUAUCACGGGCAAGGGAGAUGCAGCUGUGGAACACUGAGGAAUCAACGCACUUCCCCAUUACCCAUUGUAGCCUCCCAGUCAAAUAUAGCCUCAUAUUAGUAAAAUCGCAUAUUUUUCGUUUGAAGAGGUGGCUAAAAUAAAAUAUCAAAACGCAAAGCUGAAGUGCAAUUAUAAUUUUUAGUUUUCACACGAUAGACUGCCAUUGAAAGGAAAAAGUAGUUUUGAAAGUUACUGAUAUUAUUAUAGUUAUGUGCACAAAAACUGAGUUUGAUAAAAUUUUAGUAGAUGAAUAAAUACAGUGCUGUUUCAAUUUAU